AUGGAGCCAAGUCGUUGCUCGGUUCUGGUGGUUGAUCGUUCUUGUACUGAACACACCUAUCAACCAUCGCAAACUUCAAAUUCAGUUAACUCACGUUCUUCAAACCCGUUUUUAGCUAAUAGCGGUGACAGGUGCACUUGCGAGGCUAAUAAUAGUCAAGACAUUGAUGAUUUGAUCAAAAUUUUCUUGAAUAUUUUCGCUGAAGUCAUCACAGUACCGUCUGGAACAAAAGCUAUAAACAUAUUAAAAAAUAGAGAUGUUGGAAGUCCACCUAUUAUUGUAUUAAUAGAUAUUGAUCAUACUGAGAGUGUUAGUCGAGAUUUAUAUGCAAGAAGGGAAUCCUUUUUAGUUAUGGAAGGAGGAGUUUCUCUCUCAGAAAUUCAUACCAAAAAAGAUACUUUAUAUGGUUUAGAAUUAUUAAGAUAUGUCAAUUUGGAGAUUUCAAAAGGAACAUUAGAACGAGUGAUUCCAAUCGUUUGUUCAUUUAAUGAGAAUUCGGAUUUUAUGUUGGAAUGUUUAAAUAAAGGAGCUGCGGAUUAUUUAUUAAAACCAAUUAGACCAGAAGUUGCAAAAACUAUAUUUUUGCAUGUACAUAGAACAUAUACAUCACCUUCACGUUCUACUGAAUAUCCUCGCUCUAUAAUACGGAGGUUUUCAAAUUUAGAAGACAGACUGGAUGAAAUCUUUACAAAAGAUAAAUGGCUAACUAAUACCAUUAUUCAAUAUUACACACCUUCUUUAUCCCCAUUAGAUAUCCCUAAUUUUCCAAGAUUGAAUUCUGCAUCAGAAAUAGAGAGAACAAAUAUUCUUAAAAAAAAAUUAACCGACUGGGAAUUUGAUUCACACAAGUUAUCGGAAGAUGAUUUAAUGAGAUGUGUUGUUAUUAUUUUUGAACAUGCUAUGGAACUUGAUGAAUUAAGAGAACUCAGUAUAUCAACUGAGAAAAAAAAAAAAGGAAGUUUUAAGUUUAAACCAUUUAUUAUUUGGAUAGAUGCAUUACAUAGGUUUCUCUUAGCUAUUCGACAAGCAUAUCAUGAUAGCAAUCCAUAUCACAACUUUACUCACGCCGUAGAUGUUCUUCAAGCGAUAUUUUUCUUCUUAUGUGAGAUGAGAUUAUUGCCAUCUCUAUUUUCCGCUGGGUACAACCGACGGGGUAAAAGUAGCAAUAAGCAACGUUGUCGUCCUAAUGAUUUGUUAAGAGAUUCCGAUGUAUUUGCAUUAUUGUUGGCUUCCAUAGGUCAUGAUGUUGGUCAUCCAGGAGUUAAUAAUGAUUUCUUGAUACAAUCACAAACUCCAUUGGCUCAGUUAUACAAUGAUAAAUCUGUAUUAGAAAGUUUUCAUGUCAUGACUUUAUUUAAUCUAAUGCAAAAAUAUGGAUUUAAAAUUUAUGAAAGUGAACCUCCAUGUGAAACAAAAUAUUCAGAAUUUCGAAAGAUAGUUGUGAAUGCAAUUCUAGCAACAGACAUGCAAUUACAUCAUAAAUACGUUAAAGAUAUUAAGGAACAAAAAUCAAGAUUCGAAUCAGUAGAUUUUAACCCAUCUCAAAAAUUGGAGGAAGAGAAAAAUAUAAUCAUUGGAGCAUUGAUAAAAUGUGCUGAUAUUAGUAAUACGGCGAGACCGUAUCAUAUUGCUAAAUCAUGGUCCAAUGUUUUAUUGCAAGAAUUCACAUGUCAAGGAGACUUGGAGAGAAAAUUGGGAUUACCUGUAGGUCCAGUAAAUGAUGGUCGUGUAUCACAACCUGAUUCUCAGAUAGGGUUCAUAGAUUUUUGUGCCAUGCCACUUUUUAAAAGUGUUAGUGAGCUCAUUCCAGAAAUCGGGUUUACUCUUAAUUAUCUUGAAGUAAAUCGAAAAACGUGGAGUGAUAAGAAGGAAACGGAAGGUGAUAAUUGUUCAUUAAGACACAACAGUUCUUCUGUCAACUUAGAUAAUCGACAAAAUUCUCCUAUCGCUGUUCCCGCCGCAAGAACUAUACCAUACUUGCGACCUUUGAAUUUACCAGAUGGUCCAGGAUCUGAAGCACAUUCAGAUGAUUGCGGUAAAUCAUCGAACCGAGAUGACAUUCUGAGUACAGCAGAAGCAUCAGAUGUUCCUUUUCGAUACGGAGGUCGUUCAAAACGAAGAUCUAUUUGGUCGUUAUUUUCAAAAAAUAUGCGAAAAGCUAAUACUAAUAAUAAUUCUGUCGAUAAUAAUUCGGAUUAUAAUAGUAGUCAUCACAACCAAGAAGCUAACUCUAGCGUACUAUGUUGUAAUGUUCAAUAG